GGAAACUGGAACUCAAUCCUUCACCUCGACUAUGUCUGCCUUCCUCGCGCAGCUGGGCGCGCGCUGCCAUCCCUUCGAGGGAUCACUUAUUCGCAGAACAUGGCAGAGCUGUCGCCAGUUCCAUGGCAGUCAGGUCGUCCUCGCACGGCGGGACAAGAAGAAAGUCGUUCCUCUGACGAAGCCGCAGCUGGCCGCUAAAGCGCGGAAAAAGGCUCUCAAAGCCAAGAAGAGCAUCUACGCCUCGGAGAAGAUGACAUUGGAAGACGCCGUCAACGUGCUACGGGCCGUGGAGGUUGCGGCACCCGAGUCCACCUACGAGCUUGUAGUCAAGACGCUCAUGGUCAAGGGCACGACUGUUCCGAGGGGUCGUUACAGUCUUCCGAGGGAAACCAAACAGACCGGCCAUGAUCGCAUCCUGGUGUUUGCGGAAGGCAAGGCGGCAGAUGAGGCGAAGAGGGCGGGUGCUGACAUUGUCGGUGGUCCGGAGCUCGCCGAUGGUGUCAUCAGCGGUCGGCAUCAGGCUACGCUGUUUUUGUGCACUCCGGACCUGAUUCGUGCAAUAACACCGAAGCUUGGGCGUGUGCUCGGUCCUCGAGGUCUCAUGCCGUCUGAGCGUAGAGGCACAGUCACAGCGAACAUCUCCGGCUUCAUUCGGAAACUGAAGGGCACGAGCGAGUGGAGAGGCGACAAGGCAGGGACAAUCAGGGCACCAAUUGCGAAGAUGCACUUCCCUAUUACCGACGUAGUCAAAAACGUCCGCUAUUUCUUGAACGUGAUCAAGGAGGCAACUGGCAAUCUGGUGGAUCCCGAUGCUACGUCAAAGAAGGGCGCGAAUAAGAAGCCUCCGACUGCUAUCACACGGGUCGUUCUGAGCUCUCGACAGGGUCCAGGCAUUGAAAUCGCGGAUGCAUAG